ACCAAAUUUUCAACCAUGAACAAGAAAAUUUCCUCCUUUUUCUUGGUGAUCUCCUUAACAAUUUUGCUUCUUUCCAUAAUAUUAUCCAAGCAUGCCCAUUUCACCAUUGUUAGUACAUCGUUCGGCAUUCGAACCUAUUUUGAAAGCGAAUAUGACAUUUUUGCCAUGCUAAAGAGCAUUGUCUAUACGAAACAUCAUGGUCAUCGUAAUUAUCAUGAACACGAGCAUGGGAGCUCGUGUGGCAACAACAAGUGGGACUCGGAACUCGUGUCUUUGUACAACGUUAGUGCUGUCUACACUGUCGGUUUGAAAGGUUGCGCGAAUUUUAGCAGCUUGCAAAAGGCAGUUGAUGCCUUGCCCGAUUUCAAUCAAUCUUGGGUACUUAUUAUUCUCGACUCGGGCACAUAUAGGGAAAAAGUAGAGGUGAGUUCAAACAAGACAAAUUUGAUAGUCCAAGGUCAAGGUUACCACAACACUGCCAUUUCAUGGAAUGACACAGCUAACUCCACUGGGGGCACAACAUACAGCUCCACAUUUGCCACAUCAGCUCCAAAUUUCGUAGCUUACAAUAUCAGUUUUUUGGAUUGCACCAUAAAUUCGACUGCAAAAGAAGUAACAUCUGGUAGUGGAGUCAGUGGCUCGAUCACAGCGCAAGGGAGAGACUCGCGGGAUGAGAAAACAGGAUUCUCAUUCGUGAGGUGUAGCAUCAAUGGGAGUGGAAGAGUGUGGCUUGGAAGAGCAUGGGGACGUUACGCCACGACUGUUUUCUCUAAAACAUACAUGUCUCGUAUAGUGGCUGAUGAGGGGUGGAAUGAUUGGGACGACUCCUCUAGAGACGAAACGGUGUCGUUUGGUGAAUACGGGAGCUACGGGCCCGGAGCCAACUCUACGAAUCGGGCCGCGUAUGCGAAGCAGCUGAGGCAAUGUGAGGCGGCUCCGUACAUCGACAUCUCAUUCGUUGAUGGAAAAGAAUGGCUUAUUUUAAAUUCAAAAACAAAUUCACUUGAUUUUUGUUGA